AUGAAAGAUCAGACUGCUCCAACCAUCGCCAAACAUUUGUUCGAAGAAUAUGUGAAAGAACAUGGUAUUCCAGAGACUUUGCACACCGACCAAGGUCGACAGUUCGAGUCAAGAUUAGUGCAAGAACUAUGCAGCAAAUUGGGCAUCAAAAAGUCUAGAUCGACACCCUAUCAUCCCCAAGGAGCUGGCAUAGUCGAACGUUGUAAUCGCACCAUCAAAGAUCAACUUGCGAAGUACAUUUCUCAUCAAGGAGGAGAAUGGGACACUCACAUCAAUCAAGUCCAGUUAGCGUACAACACAAGUACUCAUGCCUCAACAGGUUUGACGCCAUACUACAUCAUGCAUGGCAGGGAAGCCCGUACACCUGCGAACAUCACCUGUUCAACCCCCCCUCCAUCGUCAUCUGGCAAGACACUCCUCGAAUACACAACCAACCUGUCUGAGCGAUUGAGAAAAGCAUGGGAGUACACCAUACAAAAUACACGACAGCAACAGCAACAACAGAAACGACAGUAUGAUGUGAAGAAACGCAUUUCAAACCUACGUCAAUACAUGGGACUGAGAGGACAACGACACAGUACCCACCAGGUCCCCCAGCAGACGACGAGACUAGGAGAAAGGUGCAGUCAAAUCAACCUACUAGCCAUGGACCAGCCUAUAUCACAUGGUCAUCUCGACCACCAGAUCGCAUCCUCCAUCACGAGCAGUCGAACCAUGACCGACCAUCACGGUCAAGUUUGUCUGUUCGGCAACAAGCCUCAAACCAGCCAACCAGUUCAACAGAACGCCUCCUCCAUCACCGACAGUCAGACCAUGACCAACCAUCACGGUCAAGUUUGUCUGUUCGGCAACAAGCAUCAAGCCAGCCAACCAAUUCUAGCCACCAAUCCAGGCUGGUUGACUCAGCCCCACUUCAGCAACAAUCUAGGCCAUCACUGCCGACUACCCAAGCCCAACAUCAGCUGUCCUCGCCGGUUGGCCAACUUCAACUCAGACCCCAAUAUCAACUGA